AUGAAAACCAAAAGUCGAGGUAAGACGAACCAUUGGGACCGUGACGGUGCUCCGGCGGUGGCACGCGAGCACCAGUACCGCAGCAGCCGCAAAGGCACUGCAAAAGGGAGUGUGGCGGCGCCCGUGCACAAGCGGAGCUUGUAUGCUCGAGGCCUGCUGCUCGUUGUACUCUAUCUGUUUCAGGGCGUACCCAUGGGCCUCACCUUUGGCUCGCUGCCGUUUCUGCUCCAGACGCGCUCUUCCUACGCCAAGCUCGGUGUAUUUUCCUCUGCGUCGUAUCCGUACUCACUGAAGCUUCUCUGGUCACCGAUCGUCGACUCGGUAUACGCGUCGCGUCUCGGUCGUCGCAAAUCCUGGAUUGUACCUGCGCAACUCCUUAUAGGGGUCAUCAUGGCCUCCAUGGCCGCAGCAGUGGAACGCUGGGUUCAACAUGCCCGAGUGAUGCAGUUGACGCUUUUCUGCUGGGGGCUCGUUUUCCUUGCGGCAACACAGGAUAUUGCGGUAGACGGUUGGGCAUUAACGCUCUUAGGUGAAGCAGGAUCCGGGUACGCAUCGAUUUGUCAAUCGCUAGGGCUUAGUCUAGGGUACUUUUCGAGCUAUACAGUUUUCCUCGCGCUGAACAGCGAUGAAUUUUGCGUCCGAUGGCUGCAGCAAACAUCCGCCGUGAUUCGCUUGUAUACCUUUCUGCGAAUCAUGGGUGCAUCAUUCAUUGCGUUCACGCUAAUGUUGGCAGUUUUUGUCAAAGAAGAAAUGGCGGAGGAUUUGACGCUUGUUCCGCAACCCGACACCGGAGGCCUGUGGUCCGCUCUGCGAGAUGCGUAUGCCGCGCUUUGGAGCAUACUGCGCAAGCGCUCCAUUCAGCGCUUGGUUGUAUUCCUCUUGUUCAGUAAGUUUCCCUUUGCUGCUCAUGAUCACAUAUCGUCACUGCAGCUGGUGCGUCGCGGGUUCCCGCGUCAACAGCUGGCAUUCAUGGCGGUGCUCCAGUGGCCGUUCGACGUCAUCGGAGCAAUCGCUGUUGGUCGGUAUGCCCGGAACAGCCGUAACCUCAAGGACAGUCUCUGGCGAUGGGGCUUUUUUCUGCGGCUGAUGCUCGCAAUGUUCACUCCGCUGCUCAUCCACUAUUUCUUCCCGCGUGGUGAAAGCGCACGAUCCCGUUGGAUGUUUGUCGCGAUUUUCAUCGUCAGUGUUCUUUACCAGUUAGCCAGCGAUGGUCUAAUGUUUGUGUCCACGUCUUCGUACUGUGCUCGGAUUAGCGAUAAGCGCUUUGGAGGCACGUACCUCACGCUUUUGAAUACUGCAUCGAAUUUGGGGGGAACGUGGGCGACCCCGUUGGUUUUCGGUGCAGCGCACCGCUUCGGAUACCUUCGUGUCGCUUUGGCUCUCCCUUUGUGUGGCCUGCUCGUAUACUUGCUGCUCCUGGGACCAACUCUGGACUAUUUGGAGAAGGUUCCGGCAUCAGCGUGGCAGCUUGAUCGGGGUCCAGCCCAAGCCGUCGCUUCUGUGCCUCACCGCAAAACACUCCGAUGUCGCGAGUGA